GACGCUUUUACUCCGUGGUAACAGAAUUACAUCUAUUCCAAUGAAUACUUUCAAAAAUGUUUCCAAACUGACAAAUUUGUAUUUAUCGGGAAACCAUAUUGAGUUCAUACAUCCGAAAGCUUUCAAUGGAUUAUUCAACUUACAACAACUUGAACUUCAGAAUAAUGCUUUGUCAUUCCUAAAUGGAUCUGUAUUUAGGUUUUUCAGUUCAGAACUUAAGGAAAUUAAGCUCUUUAAUAAUCCAUGGUUCUGCGAUUGUAAUUUACGAUGGUUACUUGAGUGGCUGAAAAACAACAGUGAAUCGGAAAUUCAAAGACUAAGAUGGAAAUUUCAUACAGAUGAGCCCAUUUGUGACGGUCCAUCAAUAAUUAAACAGCGAUCUUUUUCUACGCUUACUGGUGGCUGGUUUAUUUGUCCUAUUAGAAUGUACUCAAAAGCGAGAAAUAUCGAGACGCCUAAAGGCGGAGAGGUUGAACUUUUCUGUAAGUACAUGUCUGAUCCAUAUGUUGAAUUCAAGGGUUUUUUAAUGCAAAAACACCCGCCUGACUUUAGCCCUUAUUCUGAUGAUAAUGGAUUUAUCAUUCCUUCUUACAGUGUUGGUCAAAUAAUGCCACACAGGGCGUCAACAUUGCCACAUAACGGUUACAUCGCUCAUGACCAAAUUUACAUUCCUCACCGAACCCGAACAUUACCUCGCGGAUAUUCUCCGCACCAUUCAGCAGAUUACGGUUCGACGCCAGUGGUACGGAGUAACAGUGUUUCUGCUAAUCAUAAAAGUGCUUCAGUCGGACAUUUGGGUAUAAUAAGCCCGCCAAAAAAACCUCCGCGUAGUUUUAAUUCGAGAGAAACUGUGUCAUUACAUUCACAAAGUAGCUAUGGUGACAAGGAAAAUGGAUUUAGACUAUCUCUUCCAAAACCAGGGACUGUAGAUAGAUAUGGAACAGCUGUUUAAUAUGUUUUUAUUUUCAUGUUUCUUAUACAAAGCAGUCAUGACACAAAAAAGUUUAAAACUUGUUUGACAAUAUUUUACAUUAAAUCUAUAAUAAAGUUAACAUUUGAUUUCAUAAAAAACAACUGUUUCAAGGUUUAAAGUUAUGUCUUAAAUAUUCAAAUCCCAGAUCUUUCUCAAAGAACAUAAUAAGCUUUUCUUAUUUGCAAUUCAUAAAGGAAGUCUUUCUGUUACAGUUAAGCUUUCCAUACACUGGGAAUAUACUUCUAACUUUUACUUGUGGAAAGGUUUUUUCUUCUUGUUUCUGUAAAAUUUAUAUGCCUGUAAAUAUCUUUGCUUUCUUCCAGUAAUUUCAGAUCUUUUAUUUUCCUUUUUUUUUCCAAAAAUUAUUAUAAGCAAGAUGACAUUACUUCAGAUUUCAUGCAUUUUGACAGUUCAAACUUAUUUUUAUAUUGAUCAUAAUUAUAGAUUAACAUUAAAAAACUUAAAGCUAGAGAAUUAUUUCCUAUUUCAUAAUCAAUGAACCCAUUUGGAAAAUUUGAUGUAAAAUCUGGAUGCAUAAAAACCUUUUUUAAAUACUAUGGCUAAAUUCUCAGAUUUUGUUCAGAUGUGACUGAAAAUAUUGCUUGAAUGUUAUACAAAAUAAACAGUUUAAUAACAAACAUUACAUCAUACCUAUACCAUGCUACAGUUCUGUAUUUUAUACCACUAUAAGAUUUUUAAAAAAAUUUUUGCUUCGAAUUAAAUGCUUGUUGACUGUGAAUUUAAAGAAUUAAACUGUAAAAUUUUACAUCUAUGCAUGCUGUUAACAGUAAAGAAUCUGGACAGAAUAUUAAAGCAUGCCUGUACAAGCUGGCCUCAGGCUUUGUAAUUAAAAAGGCAAGUCUAAAUUGCUUGUAGAACCAUAAAGAGGAAAAUCAUCAGUGUUUAAAAUAUCUGUGUAAUUCGGUACAUGUCUAUGUUAUAUAUAUCACUGUAAAAUCUCGCCAGAGGGCAUUGCAUUAUCAUAUCUAUAUUUGUCAAAUAUAUAUAUAAUUUAUAUCAUUAACUCUAAUUGCUUUUGAUAUGUCUUUAUCCAAAUAAUAUAUGACUAACUCAAAAUUAUAAUAUCAAUUGCUGUCAAAUGGUUUAAUGUUGAAGUCAUUUAAUUUUGCUGUACAAUAAAUUUUUCACAAGAAAGUUAAUUUAUUGUGAGAAUAAUUAUUACACUGAGCAGUUUUGUCAAUUUAACUCCUGUAACUUCAUGAUAUUAAUAUUUUUUUCUGUUGAAAUCAAAAUUUGGUAAGCUGGAUCAUUAAAACUAUAAAAUUCAGGAAGAUAAAAAAAAAUCUCCUGUGAAAAAUUCUUUUGAUUUUACAGUUUAAUUAUGUACCUAUACAAAUAAUUAUCUGGGACCAUUAACAAAAUAUGCAGUAUUUCACUUGUUCAUUUUUAUUUUCAAUAUCUUAAGUGCAAUUUCAUGAAUCAUUGUCACAUGUUUGUACACUGUCACUCAUUGAAAUGAAAUGUUAAAAUUACAUAGGUAAUUAUUAUACUUAUCAAGAUUUUACCUAUCAGAAACUGUAUGUGUCAUAACAAAAUUAUGAAACAUUUGUGAAAAAUAAAAGUGUGCUUGAAAUAA